UGUUAUGAUCAAUUAUUGAGAUAAAAUAUCCUUUCCUAACCUAAAUGUGUUCGAUUUCUUCACAACUUGUCCAAGUGAAAUAUUAAAGAUAACUUUCAAAAUGUUGGCUACAAGAUACAUAGAAUCUGGUUUAGGAGAACCCGAGCAAGAUGCAAAUACAGCUCUUACAGAACUCGACAAAGCCCUUAGGGCCACAAAAAUAGGCGAUCAAUGUGAGGCUAUUGUUCGUUUUCCUAGAUUAUUUGAAAAGUAUCCAUUUCCCAUUUUAGUUAACUCUUCACUAUUAAAACUCGCUGAAGUUUUUCGUGUAGGUAAUAAUAUUUUACGUUUAUGGAUAUUGAAAGUUUGUGAACAAACUGAUAAACAUUUAGACAAAAUUUUAAAUAUUGAUGAGUUUGUUCGACGUAUUUUCAUUGUGUACAGUUCUAAUGACCCAGUAGCUCGUGGAUUGGCUCUUAGGACUCUAGGAGCCGUUGCUAGAAUUAUUCCUGAAAAAGAACAAGUCCAUCAUGCAAUUCGCCAAUCUUUAGAUAGUCAUAAUUCAGUGGAAGUUGAUGCUGCAAUAACAGCAGCUAUGCAGUUUGCAGCUCAGAGUAAAACAUUUGCUGUGUCGAUGUGUGGUAAAAUGUCAGAUAUGAUAGAAGGACAAGCCACUCCAGAUAAUAGGAAACUACAGUUGAUUCCAAUUCUACAAUACAUGCAUCAUGAUGCCAAAACAGCUGCUUUAGUUCGUACGCUUUGUUUGAAUUUACUGUCAAAAUACCCUGCUGAGGAAUUCAUCAUAACAACUUUAGAAUCUUUAACGCAAUUAUCAAUAUCAACAAUGGUUGAUGUGCCUGCCCAAGUUUCAUUGCUACUUCUAUACCUUAAAGAUCCUAGAACUUUAGUUAGAUCUAGAACGCUGCAAUGCUUAAAAGAUCUUGCAGUAAAAGGUGCUGUAAAAUGGCCUUUAGAAGCUAUACAAGCCAUAGUACAAGCCGGAAUGAAUAGAAAUAUCAGCGCAAGAGAAAAAUCUAAGAUCUUAAUGGUACUUUUAAAAUUAGCUGACAGUCCUGUAGGAUGCCAAGUAAAGAUAACUGAAUCUGAUCACUUACAGACGUUAUUGCUUGAUUCAUUAGUUCAUCCGAAUGGAGAGACAAGCUGCUGUGCUUUAGAAGUUAUCACAUGUAUUUUAGGGCAUUAUUAUAAAGAGAAUAAAGGGGCCGAAUUAAAAUUACAAAUAGUUGAAUAUAGCAUAAAGAAUCAGUUAGAAGUUCAGUUAGUAACAGCAAAAACUGAAAAUAUUUUAGUGCGAAUAUUAAAAUGUGCCGUUCAACUUGCUGCUUUAAGUGAAAACUAUUCUAAGUAUUUUACUAAAUUUAUGUUCGGUAUGCUGAACCAGACACCUGGAUAUUCAGUUGCACAAUGUUUGCUUGUCACUGAAGCUUUAGCUGCAAUUAGUGCGAAUUCACGAGAUGAUAAUCCCUUACUGAUUUAUUUAUCUGAUAUAAUGAAAAUACUAGAAAAAAAUACAAAUAUUAAUUACACCAAUGAUAAAGAAACACAAUUUAUUGAAAGAUUGUUUACAUUGAUAUUACAGAUAUCGCUAAUUACUAAACUUGAAAUGAGACACAAAGAGCAAAUGAACAAAACUUUGGAGACAGUUUCAUUAUGGUCUAAAUAUAAAAUUGCUCGAUGUUGUGCAAGAUAUGGACAUCAUGAGAUGAGCUUUCCGUUGUGGAAAUGCUUAUCAGAAGAAGUAUGGUCAGAACAUUCACAUUUCUGGUUUGAUGCCCUUUAUGAAAUGUCUCUGGGAGAAUCCAUUUUGCAAGGAGCGGAAAAUGUUUCCAAUUACCUCGAAGGUGUGAAUGCAUCAACGAAUAGAUGCAUACCCGAUAUCUUAAAUCAAUCUAUAAUUCACUACAAUCGUGCCGUGACCGCUAUGACAGCUGCUAGUUCUACAGCUAUACCUAUGUCUUUUCAAAUAGAUUAUUUAAAACUAAGAUUAGAGUUCUUACAAACUUUGCUGCAAGUGACAUUAUGCUGUUAUUUGGUCUACACGCCUCCGGCUUAUAUCAGCCAGUCCGUCGCACAAGUUAACAAAGAUGAAUUGUUAAGAUAUGGACCAAUAAUUGUGGAACUUCGUAAAUGUGUUACCUUGCUUAAGAAAAAUGAGGAAGCAUAUAUAAAUUUGUAUCAAAAAUCAUUUGAUGCAGACCCUGCUACUUUGGAUUUACUGCAAUUGUUGAGGUACCGAAGUAAUGUUCUUGCCACUUCCAUAGAACGUAUGUGUUACACCAGAGAUGUUCAUUUUGAACAACUAACCACAAGCUAUAUUACAAAUCCAGAAAGACGCAGUUUGCUUCAACAUUGCAACAUGAUAAUGGAUAUAUCUGACAAAUUUCAGGCAAGUCUUGUACCAGGUGUUGCUAAAAUGAUAACUCCUAAAAACUGCGCAAGUUUAUUAGAACAAGUAGCGCUCUUAUGCGCGGCACCAUUCUGCAUGCCUAGAUUUUUCUUCCAGGUUCUUCAAAGUACUUCGUUGAAACUGAAUAUCACUCCUGUCCCCAGAGUUCAAGGAGAACCCAUAAAUCAUGUUCCAAAUACCCAUCUAGUAGUAAAAGUUGAAGGUAUAGUCCAAUACACACUGGCGGCAAAAUCUACUUUUCGCACAGUGGCGCAGAUACAUCUAACAUUGAAUUCAGUGCUCCAAACUAAGCUGGGCGCAAAUAUUGAUGUAAAGCCAUCAGAUGCGAGUCAAUUUUUAUCUCAGACUGUUAAGCCUAACCAUGACUAUUUCUCGGGGAGUUUUUUGUUGACUUUAGGAAAUCCAGGAUUAUGGGUAGCAAAUAUCGAAGCAACUAUCAUCGAUGAAGAUGGAAAAGUUUGGAAGAACGGCUGCAAGGGUUCACUUACAAUUAAAGUUUUGGAUGAUUCAUCUAAAAACACAUCAGGGUCAGUGACUAAUAGAAGAUAAUUGUUACUUGGAAAUAUUAUUAUGAAAUAAAUAGCUAAUACUACAAGAAAUGAGCAAUUUAAAAAUGAAAGAAAAUGAUGUGAAUAAAAUAUGCAAAAGAGAAAUAAGUGUGUUUCAGAUAUGAUAGUGAAUUAUUGAAUGAUUUACUUGAAAUGUGAGUUCAUACGAAGUUUUUAAAAGAAAUCAUCAUUAACCUUCAGUAGUCACUGAAGAACUACUAAUAUAUGAUUUGUAUUUAUUGUA